CCUUGACAGAGGACCGCCACCUUGCCACUAUACCAUGCCUCCGCCGACGAAUGUGAAGCUGCUCCUCAUUGGCAACUCUUCUGUUGGAAAGUCGUCACUUCUUCUUCGAUUCUCUGACGAAACUUGGCUACCAGAGGAUGAAGCCUCCGCCACCAUUGGUGUCGAUUUUCGCGUACACCGUCUCACACUUCGCAACGGUAAACAGGUCAAGCUCAGUAUAUGGGACACAGCCGGUCAAGAGCGAUUUCGGACCAUAACUGCCAGCUAUUACAGGGGCGCGCAGGGCGUGGUGCUGGUGUAUGAUGUCAGCAGUAGGGAGAGUUUUGAGGCACUACCGAGGUGGGUAGGGGAGAUGGAAACGUAUCUAGGCACUGUGACCGAAGGGCCCGUCAGGGUAGUUGUAGGUAAUAAGGUCGAUAAAGAAUUUUCGCGCGAGGUGUCCACUGCCGAAGGUCGUGUCUUCGCUGAGCGGAUAGGAUCCCUGUUUGUGGAGGCCUCGGCAAAGACGUCUAUUGGGGUCAACGAGGCGUUUACGGAAGUUGUCGAACGCAUCAUCGAACGGGGUGUUAGUGGAAGUCCACCGCAACGGACCGACGGCGGCCAAGGUGGCGUCCCAGGUGGCGUGCAGCUCGUUGGUGGAACUUCACAAGAACAGGAAGCCGGAGGGUGUGCCUGCUGACAACCGUGAUGACCCUGCCAUUGACAGGCACGCUGGUAAGUAGCUCUAACAGAGAACUAUGACUGGACUCGUAAAUAUAUACCUUCUCAUAGUUUCUCGCAUAUUUCUAUAUGUCCAUUUCGGUCACGAUAUUAUACCAUAAUCCUGCUUAUCGUUUCUCUCUAAUAAAGAGAUGCACAUGUAACCGUCCACCUCUUGUCACUGCAAC